AUGUUAUUUCGAGUGUUCAGAGUCCCACACUUCCCCAUAGAAGAUGAGAAACUACGCGCAAAAGCUCUCACGCGAAGAAGAGGAGGAAAUACGGCAAAUAGUCUAGAAGUGUUAUCGCAGCUGCAACAACACGACCCUGAAGGAGCGCGUCUCAGUCCCACGCGUCUGAAUCUACUGGCUGUACUUCCUGAGGAGCAAUCCGCAGCUUCUCAGUUCAUAUCUACAUCACUUCCUGGGGUAAACAUAUCCGACUUGAGCCUUUUCCGCGAACAACACCAAGAAGCCGCAUCAAGCUACAUCAUCCAAAGCGAAGAGAAGCGUUCACGCACAAUCGUCAGCAUCAACCAGCUCCCCGAGAUGCAAGCCGAAGAAUUCAUCCACCAAGUCCGCAAAUUCACUACAGAACAAGGACAAACAUGGGAGAAAGCGUGGUUCCAUUUCGAAGGCCGUGUCCCAGAGAUCACACUGCAGUUUGUUCGCUUCCUCCGCGAAACAUACCCUCAUUUCAAGAUCAGCGUCGAGUGCGAGAAACCUGAGCGGACGGGCAUGGCUGAGGUGGCGCAGUACGCAGAUGUCGUGUUUUACUCGAAAUUGUGGGCGGUGAAGAAUGGGUACGUGGACGCGAGAAGCUUUCUUGAAGCCAGACGGAGGGAAACGAGAGAUGGGGCUCUACUGUGUUGCGCAUGGGGUUCUGGAGGUGCUACGGCGGUCGAAAAGGGUGUUGAGGAGGUUUGGGCGGAUGUCGAGGCGUGGCAGGCAGAUGGGGAGGAUGGGGCAAGGGUUGUGGAUACGAUUGGUGCUGGGGAUACUUUUAUUGCGGGGAUGCUUUUUGCGGUUAAUGAGCAUGAGGAGUGGGGGUUGCAAAGGAAACUGGAGUUUGCGAAUGAGUUGGCUGGGAGGAAGGUGCUGCAGGAGGGAUUUGGGGGUUUGGGGAGGAGGAUGUGGUAG